AUGGGGGCUGUUUGCAUUAAAAGAUAAUCUCGAUGUGAUGGAAACCUUAACUAUCCAAUAAUUAAUAAACUUAUGAAAUUUCAACCAGACAAGCAAUUUCCUUUAGUAAAACCUCAUAGUCAUUCAGACAUGGUUGAAGAAACUUAUGAAAUGAAUUAUUUAGAAAUAAUUCUUAAUUUUCAAGAGAUUCCAUUAAAAAAAAAGUAAGAGACAAAAGCAAUUCCAUUUACUCAGAUUUAAGAUUAAUAAAAAUAGAAAACUUAAGAAUAAUAAAUAAAAACUGAACAAGAAUUAAAGGAAUAGAUUUUGGAUAAAGAAUAAACAGAAAAAUGUUUGAAAAUGAAUAGAAGUGUAACAUAAAAUUCAAUCCAUCAUGAAUAGUAAGAUGAUUGUUCUGUUAUUUUGAAUAAAAAUUAGGCAGGGUCAGAUACAUAAACAAUAAGAAGUAUUCUUAAGACAAAUAAAUCAAAAUCUCAUAAAUCUGUAUAAAAAGUAACUUAGUCUAGUUCUUAAAAAAAAGUUUCUUUUGAACCUAGGUUAUUAAAAUAAAAAAAUCGUAAUUUUUUUAUGUGA